AAGGAUAAUACUUACAACAAAACCAUGUUAACAUCUACUAAUUUUCGGGGAUGUGUAUCUAGACAUAAUUAAUCACAUGGUAGUACAAUUCCUCUUUAGCAAGUUGAUUUUGAAGGAUACUCUUGUUCCAGGUUCAAUGAAAAGGUAGGACCUGUUGUCCAUGAAUUAAGGCCUAAUGUUAAUUUGCACUAAGUUUGGACAAAGCUAGGAAGCACUUGGCCGAGUGGUACAGGCAUGAAUAGCUCAAGGCUUCAUCUAUGCUUUGAAGAAAAGGUAGGGCCUAUUGUUCUUGAACUAAUAGUGCAAAGUUAUUAAUAAUUGGAAGACAAAAGCAUGUGAUACUUCAGUGACAUUGUCUUCUGCUGGUGUCCACAAAUUCCUAUUCAACACAUAUCAGCUGUGUUCUAUGAAUUGCCAUUGCCUAUAUAAACAUAUUCAAAGAGGUGUAGCUCUCACCAAACUUGAAAGUAUUGAAAGUUUUCUCUGCUUUUGAGUUCUUUAGUAAUUCUUUCUUUCUUACUAAAACUAAAAGACCAUGGCAAUUCUUCGUAUGAUCAAGAAGUCUUCGACAAGUGGAGAUGUUCCCAAGGGCCACUUUGCUGUGUAUGUUGGGGAGAAGCAAAAGAAGAGAGUUGUAAUACCUAUAUCAUUUUUGAGUCAACCGGCAUUUCAAAACUUGCUUAGUCAAGCUGAGGAAGAAUUUGGCUUUGAUCAUCCAAUGGGUGGUCUCACAAUUCCAUGCAGUGAAGACUUUUUCGUUGAUCUCACAUCUCGCUUGAGGAAGUGACAAGGAAAUUAGCCCCCUUUUUUUGCUUACACAAUUUUGUAAAGCUAUAAAGCAGGAUCUCCACUGUGUACAGUUCAGGCGAGGAAGAAAUACUAGUUAGAUUUAAUGAGUUUAGCUACAUAAAGAAUGGAUGUCAUUCUUUUGUCUCUUGACUAAGGACACAUUUUUCUACUUCAAUAGAAAUUGAAGAAUGAACCUUUUUACUUC